CGCGCAACUCCGUGAGUUGCAGAGCACGCACGCACAUCGUCAGGCAUCAACAUAACUGCGCAAUCGUGUACGACCUUCCGCCGAACUUGGAACCACGCGCGUGUCUUGACAGUCGUGUGUUUGGCGGGAAGCCUCCUCUCUUGGAUUUUAUGCAACAACGGAGUCGAUUUGUCGAUUCCCAACCGUGCCAGCGAGCAGCAUAUUGGUGCUUUCGGGCCGUGUGCAAUACGUUUUCCGCAAAAUAUUUUUGUGUCGAAUGAAGAACCAAGAGUGAUAUAUUUGUUGUACGUUAUCUUGCGUGGAUGUGGUAAUUGAGACAUUCCAAGAUCACCAGAGUAUGCGAUCGAUUCGACAUUUCAACAACAUCGUCGUAAUCUUCGCGGGAACACGUCGAAACACGCUCGUCGUCUCUUUGGGAGACUCUCGCGCAAGUGCGUGCGACGUUGCCGGUUCGAUAUUCCCGCGGGCUAUAGCGAUGAAUUCGUGAGAAAAGGAAAGGAGAAGACCGAACAUUAACUCUAUCAUCGAUUCCUGGAUAUUAUUACAAUUAAUCCGACCAUCGAAUCGUGUAUCGAACUUUGAGGAAAUACCCGAUAUCGUGUUGCUGUUUCAAUAUCUUGUUUCUCGCUCUCUCGUGGUGCGCAAUAGUGUGUUUACUGUGUUGGCAAAUAUUCUUAGUGGUCGUGCACGUUUCCCUAGUGACGACACACUUACGUUCCAAAUAUUAUCCGUCGAUUGGUGGAUGCGUAUCGGAGAAAAUUAUUAUCACGGAUUAUUUGGUAUAUGCACGAGCAAGUUAACGAUCAACGUAGUGUCGAGGUGACGCUGAGCACGGCCAUUAUUCGAAAUUCGGUGGGUCGCGCCACGACAGCGUUGCCACGUCUCCGCGACCGCGAGUAUUUCAACGUUCCGUCGACGAUUCCUGGAAGAAUCAUCUUCGUAAAUGAGACGCGUAUGAACGCAUGAAAAUUGGUGCGAAAACGGACGAUUAUCGAUCGAGUGGUGUGCGCGUGUUGAAGUUUAUCGAGAGUGGUGCGGACUAGAGUGCCGGAGCGCGUUUCGAAAAUACUAACUCGUAAGAGGAAAAUCACGACUGCGCGAAGAGGAACAGAGACUGUUUCUUCGUAAAACCAUAGCGGGACUAUCGGAAACUACUGGAGGAGAACGGCGACGUUGCCGGUGAUAAAGACUGACGAAAUAUGAGCGCAAGAGUGUUGAAUCCGGUGAUGAUGACGGAAAUGAGUAGGAAUUUGGGUGGAGGACGAACGGCGCCGAGCAGAGCAGCUCUUGCUCGCGUUCGAAGAGAUCUGUUCGGACCCGUCGAUCAUGCCGCGGCUCGUGCGUUGGCAGAGAGGGAGCUUCGCGCUCAGUCCAUACUCGACGCCGAGAGAUGGGGAUUUGACUUUCAUUUGGAGAUACCAAGAGCUAAUUCGAGGUACGAGUGGGAGCUGGUUACAUCGCAGGAUGUAGUCCCCGAGCCCUAUGCCCUACGCGGUAUGCCCUACUUAAGGAAACACGCGCCUAGCUCGCCUCGAAAGCCGCGAGAGUCUUCUUCGCCCACCACGAGAUUCCUUCGUAAAGAGUCGCCGACGACUCCGAUCCUCCACAAAGCGGAAAGGACGCCACCGCAAGAACCAAGAGUGCCGCACAUCGGCCAAGUCACCGUGAACGAAAUUUUCGACUUCGACUCGGACAAGAAAAUGUACAUCGUCGAACCCACUACCCCCGUUUUAUCGACCUCCACGUCGAGGAAACAGUCCUCCAUAACCGACUUCAUGAAGAGUCGUAAACGUAGCUUAAACGGUAGCGCGAAGAGCAUGAUAGAGCCGCCAGAGAAAAUGGCCCGCAACGCGGGUCAGAUACGCAGCUAAAGAGCCUUCCCAGCUGCUUCUUCCUCCUUCAGCCUCGCUGUCCUUCUUCCAUCUCUUCGCGAGAGAGGGACCGGAACCACGAAGCAAGCCAAGCAUCACUGCCAGGAGGAACGAGAACGGCAGAAGCAAGCUCCGGCAGGAGACGCGAGGUCCGUUGGCUGUGCCAUUCACGUAGAUUUAUUCGCCAUGAAUGUAGACGAAAACGGUGGACAGAGAAAAAAAGAUUACAAGGUAGCGGCAGUUUUCGUUGCGUACACGCGUACACUUUUCGUAGCCAUGCCACGGAAAUUACAAAAAUAGUAACAACGACUACGUACGAAGGAACUGGACAAAAGGAAGAACGACACCCCACGGUUGUUGCUAUUUUCAUUUUUUCUAUUCACAAUUUUUUCUCUAAUUUUUUUUUUCUUUUUUUUUUUUCUUUCAAUACGUGUAUAUGUAAUUCAUUGUGUCGUUUAUAUUUUUUUGCAUUAGGUUAAACACAGAGUAACGAUUAGAAUAUAUUAUAUAUACAUAUGUAGAGACAGACAGAGAAAGUCACAAUUUCACGAAAUUAAUUAACGCAAUAUAUUUGUUCGUUCGAUUCUAUGGAAUGAAGCAAGGGAGGGUCGAAUUACGAUGACGAUGAUGGGGUCGUUACACCUAGUACACUUUAGACGAAAAGUGUAAGGAGACAAAAAUAUAUUAAUAUUUCUAGGAUAUAACACGUAGAUUUUAAUCGAAUCGUAGGUUUUAAGUGGAAAGUUCAUUGCGUUUCUGAUCGAAACAUCCGACGAAAGAAGGCUCGUUUUGCGUACCCUAUCCACGAAACUUUCGAAACAGAGACUGUUUCGGUUUGUAGUCCGCGGGUCUUUAUCGACUUUCCGACUUGCUGGAGAUCCGUGGGCGUUCUAAAACCGUACUAGUGAAAACAAAGCUGGAUUCGCCGAACGAAUUUCGCGGUGGUUUCGAUCGAUCGUGUCCUUGAAACGAUCGCGAAAUUAUUUGUGAUGUUAAUGUUAUGUCUGGUUAUGCUAAAAGCUAAAACACGAAAGAAUCGAAUUUUGAAAACAUUUCAUUUAUACAGUUGAGAAAAAACAAAGGAAACGCAAUCACGUUUCCGUGGUCGAGAAAGGAAACCAUUCUCUCGAUGGUCAUAAACGUGGAGGAAAGUAUGAUUUAGAUACGUAGUUGGUUACCCAUGUUCAAGCAUUGAUCUCCUGUACGACUUAAAGAAAGUACAGCCGAUGCCAAAUCACCCAGCGAUUUUUUUCUUGUAUCUCUUUUGAGAAGGAACCUUGAUCGUACUCGGCUUCUUCUAUAACCCCCCAUCCCCACCCCUCUUCACUCGCCUCACCUCUUCUUCUUUCGUCUCUCGUUGCCCCGAUUUUCAUCGAGUAUAUUGUAUAUAGGAUAUCGAAGCUUCACGAAGAUUGCAAAAUUCAGAAUUGAUGCAUCAUGUAUUGAAUGUCCUGGAAGACGUAAGUUAUAGUACAAUGAUCAGUCGUGCAGUAGUUAGACUAAUAAUUUUCAUUGAUUUGACCGGCCGGUACGACGCAAUCUUCAUUUAGUUGGUCGAUGGAUUUGCAUUUUCUUGUACAAAUUGUGACGAAGAAUCUCCCCUGCUGUUUUUAAUGUUUUACGAUCGGACCCUGGAUGUCGGCGGUACAGUGUAAAAGCCGUUGAAAGUUCUCCGAAGCUUAACGAGAUCAUCUUUUGUGCAGGUAUUAUUAGGAUGAAAUUCGCGCGAUUUACAUAACCAUUUGAUACCACUUAGCGUGUACAAAUUGUUGUUUCCGGAGGUCUUUCAACGGUUGCUUAAAUUAUGCGAGGGUGCAUCUGUAUCCGAAUUGUUUUAUAUGUUCUUAAGAAAAUUACGUAGAUUCAAAGUGCACAACACACUAUUUCGAAAACGAACCAAAACUUCCUUCGUUACUUUCUUCAUCGCGAAUGAAUUUAUGCAAAACCGUAACAUUAAUGUAAAUGUAAUUGUAUAUCUCUUUAAAUGGUAUAUUGAUUUUAUAAUGGUAGCUGUUUAUUACAAGUUUUUGUUUAUAAUAAUUUGGUUAAAGCCAUCCUCUGGAUUAAUUCCCAUUUUUUUUUUAUCUCGCACCCUGCUCCUUGGUUUAUUUCUUUCCGUUUAUCAUCUCCCCGUCUUUGAGAUUAUAAUUCAAAAAUACGACUGGUGGUUACAAAGCUAUUUUUUUCGUAGUUCACUCGCGGAGUGUGCUAUGAGCGGAUGAAUCGAUUCGUUGAGGAAUUCUAGUGGUCGUUUUUCAUACCGGUCGCGUUGUAUUCCAAGUUUCAAUGGCGCUUUCAUGGCAGCGAUACGCGUACAGCGAGAGUUUCGCGAUAAGAAAUUAAAUUAAAAUCAAAAGUUUGUACGAUGUUCGUACGAAAAAAAAUAUCACUCGCACGAUCGUUACCACUUUCGAAAGAAAUUGAUAGUCUACGGCAGACUGCUCAAAAUUAUACCUUUUCCUGCCGCUAUGAGAACGAGAAAAAACUUUAGAGAAACGCAUUGGACGACUAUGGAAUCUCGUUAGAUCUGCAGAGGUCGCGAUACAAGAAGUCUGCCGUCGUACGAACGACCGUGCCGUCUGAAACAAACGAGAAAAAAAUAGUAAAAGAGAAUAUAAAUCGUAUGUCUAUGUAACCCUGUGAUGUAUUAGUAUGAUCUCAGUAAACAUAACUUAGCGUGUACUUCGUAUUUGUAAUAAGUAGAUCUAUAUGUACGUUCCAAAUGUGACGUAAGGCCCCGGUUAAAGAGUGUGAACGAUGAUGUUUGAGCACGUGUGUAUGAUGUUUAUUUGUCCAGGUGAAUGUUGAUAAGAAAAAAAAAAAAAUGGAAAAGGCAGAGUAAAAAUACCCCAGUGCGCCUCACUUCCAGUUGGUAUUCGUGUAAGAAUUAUACAUGUAUGUAACGACAAUAUUAUUAUAUAAACCAUAAUCGUAAGAGAGUCUAAAAAAACUAACCUACAUAAGUGAAUGCCUAUGUUUAUUAAAAAAAAAGAAUUAUCUAUAAAAAAAAAA